CUAAUCUUGAAAAUCUUGACAGAGAGCUGCUGAGGGUGGAGAGUAGAGUAGUAGUUUUAAAUAAGAAAAAAAUCCCGGGGAUACAUCAUUUACACAUACCAGAAUCCCCUCAGAAAUGAAGCUCCACUUUCUCUUCACCACCGCCGCCGCUCUGCUCGUUGCCUUCCCUCCACGCAUGCAUGAGUGUCGAGCAGUGGACGGUCCUGACCGGCGGGCUUCCCUCUCCUCCGCGUCCCAGGAGGAGGAAGACCAGAGGCGCACACGGCCCAUUUGGGCACGGCUGGGAGAGGAGUACUUCAUCCGGGUGGGCAAUCAGCGCGAGCGUGAGUCCGAGCCUGAGACGCGCCCCGAACCGGCAUCAGCGGUGUUCAAACGCGCUCUGCAGCUCAGGCUUACGCAGCACCUGCUCCGCGAGGAGGACGAGGUGGCCGAAGCGGCCCGCGGGUUGCGCGGCGCCCCAGCGGAGAGACCGCGCCGCGCAGAGGAGCCGCCCAUCUCCCUGGACCUGACCUUCCACCUGCUGCGGGAGGUGCUGGAGAUGGCGAAGGCCGAGCAGCUAGCGCAGCAGGCCCACAGCAACAGGAAAAUGAUGGAGAUUUUCGGCAAGUAGCCUAAAAUCUGACCAGGAGGAUUUUUUUUUUUUUUUAAUU